GAUUGGCUGAACGCUCAGGAACUGAAACGCGAUUGGCCAGGGGAGCUCACGCCUUUUGUCCAUCUGACAGAACAAAAACAGACGACAAGGUCAGGAAAUUAUCUAAUAAAUGUUUCUCUGUGCAGCUUUUAAACACAUAUGUGAGUCUAAAGCGUGGCUUACACUCGUAUAAAUUGAUUUAACUGCUUUAGUGAAUGCGUGUGGCUUAAGAAAGCUCUGUUAUGUGAUAUUAGAUGAUGUGCUCUGUUGUCGCUGCUGCUAACUUAACGCUGCGUAUAACACACGUUUUCAUGUUUACUUUGUUUAUAAGUCUUUGAUAAGACUUGAGCGUAGUCACAGCAUGGCUUUAACGUUUACACGUUAACUCCAUUCGGUCCACAUUGGUGCUAAAGUUGUAUAUGUCCACGUUAUUGUACCGGUAUGAAUAUUACAGACGUGUAGGGGAGAGUGGGGUAAGUUGAGCCACCCCUUGUUGCUUUGAAAUAGUAAAAGAAAUUGAUCAUGUGACCAAAUAUUUAGGAGAUGGGCAUCAAUUCAUGGAGUCUGUGAGGGUUAGAGGCACAUGGGUGAAGGGGUUAGACAUUUAUUUCCAAAAAAAAAAAAACAUUUUUCACUCAUGAAAGUGAAUUUAGUCUGUCAUAAGUUUGACUAGAGUUGUGUUCAGACCAAAAAAGAUCAUUUUAAAUUUGUUUUAUACUAGGGCCCGACCGAUUUAUCGGCGAGCCGAUAAAAUCGGCCACUUUUGAGCUAAUCGGUAAUUGGCCAAAAUUCGCUGUUUGUCGCCGAUAUUUUCAGAAAUAAAAUGCGGAGAAUAUGAUUCGGUAUAAGUCAACAAGUUUCACUUCAACCCACUUCAUGAUGUUAUCUUGAAGACUUAAAAACAGGCAACUGGACUGUGUAGAGUUAAGAAGACGUUUCGCCUCUUAUCCAAGAAGCUUCUUCAGUUCUAAAAGUGCUAGUGUCAGGAGCAGAUAUUUAUCUUACUGGAGAAGGGGGACAGUUAACGACUGGGAGGAGUUGAAAAGAAUGGGUCGUAGAAACCCAUCUCUCGGUGUGUCCCCCCCAAGUCGUUAUCCUGAAAGGGUCGUUAGCGACUCCUAUCAUGUGGCCACAUGACUCAUGCCACCUGAGUCAUGUGGUUCCAGGUGUGAAUGUUUGUGGAGCUUUCUCCACAAACCCCCGAUGAUGUUCCCCGCUGUGCUGGUCUCAGUCAUGCAGAGUUACCGGUGAAACACCAUGUAAUGUGCAAGCUAAAGUUAGAAUUAGCCAUCUGCUCUUAGCCUUGCUACAUUGUUAGCUGUGCCAGUAAUGGCAGAAUAAACAACAGUACACAUUAUGUGAUCGAGCUAAUUCUCUUUCUGAGGCAGCUGCAUGUCUCCAGAUGAGACUGGACCGGAAAUGAGUAACGAGAGUUGGCCAAGGGGUAGUUGAAAACGCUUUUCUGGUCCGCGCUUGAUCAGUCGGUCUUCCUGUCGGUGUGAAGAGCAGUAGCUGCAGUAUAUCUACAGUAUAUAAUACACUGUAGAUAUCUACAGUAUACAUCUUUUUUUUAGAACUUCAUAAAAAAAUCGGCCGAUUAAUCGGUAAUUGGACCCCCCCCCCCAAUAAUCGGUAUCGGCAUCGGCCCCAAAAAAUCCAUAUUGGUGGGCCCUAUUUUAUACAUCAAUUGUGGUAUCUAUGAGCUACAACAUGAGGUCAAAAACCGAGCAUAAAAGUCCACUGUUUUAGCUUAGAGGACUAAUAAAGUCAUAAGAGUGGUUAAAAAUUAGUGUUAUUAAGGGAGAGAGAAGGUGAGGGAGGGCUGGGGUGGAGUGUGUGGGAUACAGCUCAACUUACCCCAUACACGGGAUAAGUUGACCAUAGGAGACCACUUUUUUUUGGCAUGCUAUAUUAUCAAGACAGUUCUGUUUACACUCAUUCUGUUGGUUUGCAGGGAUGCACAAUAUCUUGAAAUAUAUGCAGAUACACUAGUUAGAGACAAAACUAUGAUUGCCUUGAUGUCGUGAUCCGAAAUAUGAAAAAUGGCUCAUCUUACCCCACUCUCCCCUAUGUUUAAGUGUAUCAGGUUGCUAAUAUAAUCCCACAUCUUGGUUUAAAGUAAUUUUUGACGUAUUGUUUUUGUCUCUAAGACUUCUAAAGUGUCAGAUUCAGUAAGUAUAUGGAUGCAUGUCCCCUCUGGGCUUCCAUAGUUUUUAUGUUCAUCUUCUCCCUCAGGUGAUUCAUGACUGUCUAGCUGAGCCAACACGGUAAGCAUGCUGACUGCACAGAGGGCAUGUGCAGCGAUGGCUGCCCGGCACCUGCUUAGAGCCUCUGCCUCCUCAGCACACACACACCGCUCCCUGAUCCACACCUCCAUACCCACCCAGGACCAGGCUGAGCUGCAUCCUGAGUGGGCCAAUCUGGCUAAGAAGCAGCUGAAGGGGAAAAACCCGGAGGAUCUAAUCUGGCGCACACCUGAGGGAAUCAACAUCAAGCCUGUGUACACUAAAGCAGACUCAGAGGGCAGAUCAGAUGAGCUGCCAGGAGUGUUUCCUUACACUAGAGGGCCCUAUCCCACCAUGUACACCUUCAGACCCUGGACUAUCAGGCAGUACGCUGGCUUCAGUACUGUGGAGGAGAGCAACAAGUUCUACAAAGAUAACAUUAAAGGUAUGGGUUAUGCUUUUUUAUGCAGUGACAAACUUCAAAGUGUAAAAGAUGGGGGAGUCAAUCAGAUUUCAAGGGGGCAGUGCGACCUUUGCCAGUCUUUGCACAUGCCCCUGUCCAAGGAAGAGUUAAACUGACAUGGAGUGUCCUAUAGAUGAGUUUGUGACCAUCUCUUCUUAGGAGAAAAUUAACAAAUGUACAAAAGGUGAUUUGUUUGUUGUUGCUACAUUUGAUGAUGUCCUUGUUGCCUACAACAUGGACAUCAUAAAACGGGGUCAUAAUACUCCAGUAUUGUAUAUUGCAGUGGUUCUCAGCUGGUCUUACCCUGGGACCCACAUUUUCCAGAAUUCAAACCAAGCAAAUUUAUUUUUUAUGAAAAAAAAACCUUUAAAGACUCAAACCUUUAACACAAAUACACACAUUUUAUGAGUAAAGUGCAUUUCAGAGCACAUGAACUGAGGACAACUACUAAAUUUGCAUGUAGAGAAAAUAUCAAAUUGAACAAAAUGAGCUAUUUUUCAAAAUAAAAGAUGUGUAAAACAUCAGAUGCGCAUUACAUAUUUACUUUAUUGACCAGCUGUUUGCGACCCAUCCAAAAUAUGCCUGUGGCCCACUUUUGGGUUGGGAUCCACGAGUUGAGAACCACUGGUAUAUUGUAUUUCGUGUUUUUCUCUGGCCUGGUCGUGUAUGUGGCUGCUCGGGUAGCCAAUUGGGGGCUCGCUCUCGUAGUACUUUUUUGUGUCUGUCAUGGUAUUUCUGUUAUUUUCCAAACCAAAACUUGUCAGGUGUGCCAAGGACCACACACAUCUUAAUCUGAGUGGUACAUUUUUUACCAUCAGGGAUGCAGACGAACUCAAGGCAAACUCUAAAAUGUCAGAGUUAUUAAUAAAGGAGUCAUCGAGUUAAGGUUUGUGAUGGUAGCAGAAAGACUAAUGCGAUCAUGGAGAACAUGAGGUUUCAGUUAAUUUGGUUGAAUGUUUGGCCUUUGAAAUAUCUAAUAUCAUGAAAAAAAUAUCAUUAUGCUCAUUAAACCAUAGCAUACAGCCACUAUAAGAAGAUUUAGGUCAUUUCAUUCACAGAAGUAGCCUAAUUACUUGUGUAAUCAUUCUCAAUUGGUUGAAUUGAUGAUCAUGCAUGAGUCACCGGACACAGCUGCGUGACUCUUUUCAAUGUACAAGGCCUUUCCCGCUCAUUAAGUGGUUGAUAAUGUUAGGGUUUUGUCACUAAGGCCACACCGCCAAUUGGCAUAAAUUUAAAGCCUCUAGAAAUAGUCUUGAAGCACAUGUUGCUCUUGGAAGAAGGAGCUGACAAUCGAGCAGCAGGUUCAAAUAAGGCCCUUUUUUUGAUGCCGGCUGUAGUUACCAUGGCGUAGCCAAGGGUUUGAGUUGCAAUCCAAGCACUGUGACGGGUAUAGUAAUGUGCCAGAUUGCAUCCAGAGGCUAAUUUCAAUCUGUAGUCCCUGGCAGGUUAAUGGUAGACACAAAUGUACAUCAAGUAUGAAAUUAAUGUCAGUGCCCUCAAGUUCUUUCAGAGUAAGCCAUGAAAAGCAAUGUAUUAUAAAUGCGACAGUAAUAGAUAAGACAAAUUGCUUUAGUAUGUUAUAAUACUAUAUUAUUAUUUUAAUUAUAUAAAUCUGAAUAAAUCCUCAGGGAAUUGCUCUAAGUGGCUCCUGGAGUCUUAUUAUAUUGGAAAGCUAUUAACAAAACUGCUGUUGUGUCGUAAUUUCAUGUUUCAUGCGUGCAGAACUUGUGCAUGAAUUUUCGUCUUUAAUGGCGGUCACCACGACUCGAAGGGGACAGAUUUGAUAUUUAAAUAUUUUGUUAUGUUACCAUUUCGACGCAGCACAUCUUGAAAAGCUGAUGCUUCAAAACGACGUCAGAGGACUUGACUUGUGUACCUCCAGCCCUUCAUCAGACUCUCAUUCAUCCUCCUCCGCUUUUUCAUUUCAGCUGGACAGCAGGGUCUCUCGGUGGCCUUCGACCUCCCGACCCAUCGCGGCUAUGACUCAGAUAAUCCCAGAGUCCAUGGAGAUGUGGGCAUGGCUGGAGUUGCCAUAGACACAGUUGAAGACAUGAAGAUGCUCUUUGACGGGAUCCCGCUGGAGAAGAUGUCUGUUUCUAUGACGAUGAAUGGAGCCGUAAUCCCCGUGUUAGCCAUGUUUAUCGUGACAGGAGAGGAGCAGGGUGUCUCCAAAGCUAAACUCACCGGCACAAUUCAGAAUGAUAUACUGAAGGAGUUUAUGGUUCGCAACACCUAUAUUUUCCCGCCGGAACCUUCCAUGCACGCCAUCGCAGACAUCUUCGCUUAUACCUCCAAGGUGUGUGAAACUUUUAUGGUACUAUCUUUGUCAAAUUACUCGUCGGAGUUAGACUUUCAUGUUAUAACUCUCAUUUUUUUCCAGAACAUGCCCAAGUUUAACUCCAUAUCCAUCAGUGGCUACCAUCUCCAAGAAGCUGGAGCCGACGCCAUCCUGGAGGUAGCCUACACCAUCGCUAACGGCCUGGAAUACUGCCGCACGGGCCUGAAAGCAGGCUUAACCAUCGAUGAGUUCGCCCCAAGGUAGGGAUGCUUAGUUUGUCUCAAGCAAACAUGUUCCUUUCCUGAUGAGGUGAUUUUUUUAAAGCUCGUAUAAGGAGUUUUUUUUUAAACAUUUGUGAAAAAUACUAUAUAACUAUUUUUUUUAGUGACUUACAAAAGCAAACAAGGUGCUGAUUGAUUGGUUGAUUGAAGUUUAUUUUGAACAUAUAAAAAAGAAAUAACAAUAAAAAAGUAAAGAAUACAACAACAAAUGACAAAAAGUUAUUCGAGUUCAAAAAGAAGAAUUCAAGACUUAUCUAGUCCCAUCCCUUAUCUACACUAAUGGUUUAAAUAUAUAUCAUAAAUAUCGUUAUAUAAUAAUUUUAAUCAUCAUAGUAAUAAUAGCAAUUAAAAAAUAAAUAAAUAAAAUCACCACAGUGAAAAUAACAAACAACAACAACAACAAAACAAUGAUGAUAAUGAUGAUAAUAAGGUAACCAGGGACAAGAUUGAAAACUUGUUUCUUGUCGUUGUCGAUCCAUGAAACUGGCACAAGGUAAAAGAUGUCAGCGAAGUACCUGAAGAAACAGUUUUGUUCUUACAAUUUCCAUUUUUUUAAAAACAAUUUCUGAAGCUUAAAUCAUUUUAUUUCUAUCCUGAUUUGGGAGAUUUUUAACUCAUUGCUAAUGUUCAUGUCCGGGAUUGAAGGAUUUCAGUAAAUACGGGAGAGUUUUCAGGCCCGGGUUAAAAAGAAAAAUGAGAGGAAGGAGAUUUUUUUCUAUUAUUUUUGCACCUUGAGUCAAAAUGCCAUUAAUACAGAAACAGAAAACUCAAUUUUGAUCAUUGCUGACUAACAUUUAUAGGGAUACAUAACAUAGGGAUAAGAUGGGAAAGAGAUAGAUGAAGUUCACAUAAAACUGUCUGAAAACAAGACUUUAUAAAGUUAGCGCAAAGUUUUGAGCCAAUUGAUAAACAUAUAUAAGUUUGUAAUAUGUCACACACUGAAGUGACAUUUAAAGUCAUAGUCAAUAAUAAUAAUGUAACAGAGAAACAUAAUGUUACAAAUACAUAGUUGUUGGAAAUGAUCACAGAUGGAUUACACAGUUCAUGUUCACUCCUCUCUCUGCUGAUGUGAUUAACUGCAUGCACUUACUAUUAAUAUACAGAAGAGGGUGCUGUUCUAUCUCAGCCAACUCAUAAAUAUGUUAGAUUUUGGUUUGAAGCCAAAAAAAAGAGACUUAAUAAAAGCAGUUUUUUUAUUUAUGUAUGAUCAGUAUGUAUAUCUCAGUAUAUCAGGGGUGUUGGACAUGAGAAAGAUUUGCCGCCUUAUAAGAAAAUAAAAAAUUAAUGAAUAACUUAAACAUUUGCACUUUUGAGCUUAUGAUUAAAAACACAUGAAAUCAUGAAUAAAACAUGCAAAUGACAUGUUUGUAUUCAUGUAAGCCAAAGCUUUUCGUGUAAACAGUGAACCUCUCAACCUGCUGAGAGGCUGUCACUGAUCUCCACCCACACACACUUCACCGUUUUAAUUAAGAACAUGAAUUCACCCGUUUGUUAGGCAAUUGACUCAGAAUCCAUGUCCUUCCUAGAUCCAGGUUUUCACAAACAGAACCUUUAAAAUGUGUCCACGGGGGAGCUGUUAAGGUCCACAAACAGAAGAGUUAGACAACCUGUGGCUGAGCUCGGCCGUACGUGUGUCUGCAGAUCUUUUUCUUUAGUCCUUUGUAUCAGGACCAGGAACUUUUCAGAGGUGUGUAUCUAACCCUAGUGAGAGGCUUUGCGUUGAGACUAAGAAGCUCUUUCAAUUCAUGACAAGCGUGUCUCAGUGGGGGGACUUUCUGCUUUGAACGACAACAAACAAAACCUCUCACAGCGAGCCGAAACGUCUAAUACGAGAUGUUAUCUUCUACACUGGAGGAGCAGAUGGGACUUACAAACUGGAUCCUUCACUGCUGGAAGGAGGAUUUCUGCGGUGACAAUCUCCGGUUUCACUUGGGGGUCUGAACUUGUAAAGAAACAGAUUUUCUUGUUUCUUGGGGGAAGUGAAAUGGCACAGAUCAGGCAGAUGCUCAUCAGAAAUGGAGGUUCCUCAAGCUGUUGUGCUUUAAUUAGUGAUCAGCCAGUCAUCUCAAAUAUAUCUUAUUCUUUUAUCCAACAUACAUUACAUACAUUAGGGCCAAUUUUAGCCCAUUUGAGACUUAUCGGGAAUAAACUCGCCAGUUUCGCCGAUAUUUUCAGAAAUAAAAGGCGGAGAAUAAGAUUUGGUUUCACUUCAAAAAUAUUCCGCCAUUUGAAAAGUUCCCCGACUUAUCCUGUAGAUGGCGCAGCGACCUCAUGACAAUCUUCAUCCACUAACUACCUCACAGCACAGCAGAGUGACGGAUCUGAAGCAGGCAGCUCAGGGACGCACAGAGGAGAGUGGUCCACCUCAACGGUAAAUAAACUAGUUUGUGAAGUAGACAAUAAGUCAAUAAGUUUUAGUUCAACCCACUUCACGAUGUUCCCUGCUGUGCUGGUCCCGGUCGCGCUGAGUUAAUGGUGAAGCACCAUGUAAUAUGCAAGCUAAAGUUAGAGUUAGCCAUGCUACACUGAUAGCCGUGCCAGUAACGGUAAAAUAAACAACAGUACACAUUACGUGAUCGAGCUACUUCUCUUACUGAGGCAGCUGCGUGACUCCAGAUGAGACCAGACUGAAAAUGUGGAACUUCAGUUAAGACGCGGAGGUACUGAUCGGCGGCGGCAAAAAAAAAACGCUUUUCUGGCCUGAGUUUGAUCAGGCGGUCUUCCUGUCGGCGUGAAGAGCAGUAGCCUACAGUAUAUCUACAGUAUACAAUAUGUAUAUAUUUUUUAUAACUUCAUAAAAAAAUUCAAAAAUCUGCCGAUUAAUCGGAAAUCAGAUUUUUUCCCCGCCUAAUAAUCAGUAUUGGCAUCGGCCCCGAAAAAUCCAUAUUGGUCAGGCCCUAACAUACAUGUGCCACAUAAUGUUUUUUCCUGGAACUUGUGGAUUUGACUCUAGACAUUUAUGUAAAGGCUGUUAGAAGAGAUCAUUGUAAAGAUCCUAAAGGAAAACAGAUGUGUGUUACGUGUGUGUAAUUGUCCAAUUAUAUAAAUCUCUUCUUUGUGAUGGUUCUGUAGAGUUAUCAUCUGCAGACAAUAGUUAUUUUCACAGAUUACACAUUAACGUCAUCUUUCUUUCCUCUCUCUUCCAUUCGUAUUCCCUCACAUUAUCUUUCGAUUUCCAGCUCCCCGUAAGACCUUUGACGUUUUUUCUAACGUCACUGUCUUUCAAGACCUUAGAUAAUAGCAGAGUAGCAUUUGCAUUCAAUCUCAAGAGCAGCGUGAGGACCCAGUGUGGCCUGACCCUUUGGCACAUAAUUACAUCAAAAUCGGCCCCAGCAGACGGCUGCUCUCAAUCAAUACAGAAAUUUCACUCAAUUGAGUGAAAAAGGAGUGUUUUGCACCACAAACUAUCAUCUCGCUACAGCUUCUUCCUUGAUUCUCCCUCGACCCCUGGGCCACAGGGGAAGGUGGGACUUGAUUGUGUUGUGACUCCUUUGAUUUCCUUUCUCUUUUUAAUCCCAUGGUGCCAUGCUGUAAGCGUGCUGCUCUAACCUGUGCGUAUGGCAGCGGGAAGAGUUUGUAUCAUUUCUUACAAAGACAGUCGUUUUUUGUUCCGUUUAGUCUGCUCUCUUUGCAGACUCUGAUUCAUACGUGUUGAUAGAUUAAUCAGCUGGUUGUCAUCAUCCCAUGAAUGCGAAACAGUGUUUUUGAUAAGAUUGCUCUCAUUACUUUCAAAGGAGUUGUGUUUUUCAGCUUUUUGUGGUACUGGGGUUGUAUCGCAGUAAAGGAAACUGCCAUCCUGUGAUGUGAAAGGUUUCUCCACAGACCUCCACUGAGAGGACCCGAGGAGGCGUUUUUUCCUCAAGCGCUCCAGUUUGUUUGAAGUGGUCAUCCCAUUUUGUAUUUUCUGAACACUUACUUACACAAAAAAUUCAUAUUAACAUUAUAUACAUAAAAUAAAGCCUCAAGAAAUAUAACACGAGACAAAAAAUACUUACUUCCCAGUCUAAUCGCUUUUAAUUUGAAAGACUUUGAAUCAACUUUAGAUGUAAAAAAGGAAAGUGUACUCUGGUGUAUUUGCUUUUAUUUUGAUAGGGUUCAAAACAACUUCCGGUCCUCACAGUGGAGGUCUGCUACGAAAGGCCCUGAGAGUGGGGGUCUGAGCCAGACUGUCUUGGCCUGUCUGUGCCUAAAUGUGUUUGAUACGACAGCUAUUAUUAUUAUUAUUAUUUUUGCUGAGAGACGAGUUUCUGGCCUCGUCUAGACCACAAGUCCAGUGUUAGCCAUUUUGUGUUGUUUUUUUUUUUGGAAAGUUUCGUCUUUUUUACAUCUUUUCUUUGGCUGCAUUAGCCUGGGGUACAAACGCUGGAGCAUGCACAGAAAGCCUAGGCCAGUUUCAGCUCGAUUGAACCCCAAACACUACCGAAAAAAAUAGAUCUCCAACUCAAUCCGAUUUUGAGAAGUUUGAUGCAGCUGGUUGCUUAAAAAUGAAGUCAACACAUUAAAAGGGUCUGUGAGCAUUUGUACAAAUGUUUGACAACAAAGCGUUAACUACUAACCUCAGAAUAAUAACAGAUAAAUGAUAUAACCUACAACAGAUUAUAUCCAGAAGGUCAUUUAUUUAAUAUUUAAACUGAUUUACAUAGACUGUAGUGUCAAGCAGAGCACAACUCGCAAUACGAAUACAAGCUCGAAAUUUUCUAUGUAUUUUUUAUAAUAUUAGACUGAAUUUUUUUUCGACUUUGGCAAUUUUUCGAUUGAAUAAUUGAAGCUUCAUUAAUCCUCAGGUGAAAAAAAGUUGGUAAUAUUGUAAGAAAACAGAAAACACAGAAUCUGGGGAACAUUAAGAUGGAUUUUCAGACCUCUGUAAAACGUUUAUGUCUUCAUACAUUUGUAGGAGUGAACUAAGCCAGAUAACACGAGUGGUUUAUACGGACUUGUUGUUACGUGACAUGAUUUACGUUAGCGUGGUCUGCUGUUGAAUGUAAACUGUGCAGAAUGUAUAGUUUAAAUGCAGUCCACGUGGAUUUAAAGAGGUGGAAAUGGCAGAAAGGUUUCUGCUCUCUAUCAAUUAUUUAUCCAGGUUCACCAUCCUCUUCAUGUAUGUCAGGCUGUCAGGUCAUGGUUCACGUUUUCAGUCACAGCUGAUUCUGUCUCUCUGUUUUGACAUUUCUGCUCGUGUUUUUUUCAGGUUGUCGUUCUUCUGGGGCAUCGGGAUGAAUUUCUACAUGGAGAUUGCUAAAUUGAGAGCAGCUAGGAGAUUGUGGGCGACGCUCAUUAAAGAAAACUUCCAACCCAAGAACGCCAAGUCUCUCCUCCUCCGCACUCACUGCCAGACCUCGGGCUGGUCUCUCACCGAACAGGUCAGGAGGAGGUGUGGUUCAGGAGUCUUUUGUAUGUGAGGUGAUAAAGCUGUACUUUGAGAGGUAUUAAUAUCCAGUGUGGGGGUGGAUUUGUAACGAUGUGGAGAAGUUGAGUUAUGAAAUUGUAAGAGAAAAACACAGAGAACUUUCUGAAAAAAUGAAGACAGCCUUUAUUGUAUGAUUAUUUAUAUGAUUAUUUUACUGUGAAACGUUAAAUAAAAGGUGUUUUUAGUAUUUAAAGGUGUCUGAGGAAUUAAAUUUAGACUAUAACUUUAAAUUUUCCCCUUUGAACCCUUUUUUCAGGAUCCCUACAACAACGUGAUCCGUACUGUGAUCGAAGCCAUGGCGGCCGUGUUCGGGGGCACGCAGUCACUCCACACCAACUCCUUCGACGAAGCGCUCGGUUUGCCCACUGUGAAGAGCGCUCGCAUCGCCAGGAACACCCAGAUCAUCGUCCAGGAAGAGUCAGGCAUCCCCAAAGUGGCUGAUCCCUGGGGGGGCUCGCACAUGAUGGAGUCGCUCACUGAUGACGUUUACAACACAGCUUUGAAGGUAUAAUGUAGGCGAAGGUUUUCAUUUAUUAAAUCCUGUUUCCUUCCAGUGUUUUAUAACCGGCGUUUUCUUUAUGUAGUUUAUUAAAGAUAUCGAGGAGAUGGGAGGCAUGGCUCGAGCCGUGGCAGAGGGAAUACCAAAACUACGAAUCGAGGAGUGUGCUGCUCGUCGACAGGCCCGCAUCGAUUCAGGUACUUUGGCCCUAGAGCCUCCUUAGCCAUCUUUAUCCAAUCCAAUCCAAGUUUAUUUAUAAAGCACAUUUAAAAACAACAAAACGCUGACCAAAGUGCUGUACAGUAAAAAUAAAAAAAAAACAAUAAAAACAGACAAUGAACACAAACAAUAAAACAAAAACACGGGACCAAAUCAAAGGGAUAAAAAUUAAGUUAUGGGGUGACGCAGCUCAAGGAAGAACAUUUACAAUCAAAACUUUAUCAUUUCCUUGCAGUAAUAAUCAUCAUAUUUAUCAUUUUUGCACUACAGACGCGGUAGUUCCUCUGCCUAAGCGUCUCAAUCUGAUUGCAUUUCCAUGAAGAAAUUAUCAUAAUUGUUCUUCCUUGGGCUGCGAAACUCCGCUGCAGUCAGUAUUGGCUUGUCUGAGGUCUCUGUACAAACAAGCGGCCGCUGGAAGAGAGUGGGUGAGUUGUGUUUAGUCUCUUUGCCAAAGAAAUCAGGCAAAGCUUUAAAGAUGUUUGGUGGCUAGUGCUGUGGCUGGGACCCUUUAUGUACUGUUGAUGACGUUAGGUGCUGUUCUGAGCAUUAUUUGUAGCUAUAAAGUGGCGUUUUGGUUGAGGUUUGUGUAUGGCUUCUCAGACCGCUCUGUAUUGCUAUCGUGUGGUUGUUACUAAAGUUGGUAUAACUAGAGAAGCAAGCGGUCGGCAACAUUCAUCUCUCGACAGGGUGUCUAACUCAGUGCUACAGUGUGUUUGACCCUAAAUUAAUUUUACCUCGGAAUAUCCCUUUAAAAAAGGGGGGACAUGAAGCGUUCAAUGAAAACAUGAUUAAAAGGCUAAGUUCUCAACAGUCAAAAGCCAAGGAGUUAAAGUGCGCAUCUUAUCUAUUUUCGAUAAGAUAUUCCUUUAUUAGUCCCACAGAGGGAAAUUCCAAAUUAUUCCGAUUCCAAUUAUCCUGAAUCCUCAAACCUUUCGAGGAAAAAGCUUUCAUUUUGUUCUUCCAGGAAUGGAGGACUUGGGUGCACAACUCUGUUGCGUUUGAAUGGAGAUAGCAACAGUGAUGGGUGCUUCACAUAAACGCUUAUUCAUCAGUGUAUGAAUGUGGUGUAAAUGGGUGUGUGUGACAUGUAAUUUAAAAGCACUUUGCGCUGCUGUAGGACUCUCGAAACACGGUCUGAACCAUUAUUGACUGCUUUAUCCACUUUUGUCAUGGGCAGUACCUCUAAAAUAAGGCUCUUCGAUUCAGAGAGCGUUAGGUCACUUUUUGCUGUUGGUAGAGCCUCCUUUGAGGACACAAACAACUACUGGAUGUUCAGAAAAUGUCAGCCAAGCCUAAUAUGUAAAAAAAAAGAUUUUCAAUCUCAGUGAGACGUUCUUGUAGAAUAAAUAAAUAUACUCUACGGGAGUGUGGAUUUCACUAGAUCAACAGAAGGUGUUAUUAAUUUCUCGAAAAAUCAUCGUACAGACAAAGAGAUUUAUUGAAAUACGUCCAAGAGAACAGGUGGGAGAUUUUAGCAGCUUGUUAACAUCUUAAUGAUCACUCCUAAGUUUGAUGAGAGAAAAAAAUAGAUGUUAAGUGGGAUGCUGGCAUGCUGACGCAGACCGAAAGGAUGGAUUUGCUUUCGCAUGUUGUUGCAUUCAUUAUUUCUGGUGCUGUCAUAGUAUCCACGAGCUGGAUUAUAACAGAGAUGAAGCUUGUAUUCAUUUUCAUGUCUGGAUGCUGAAAAGUUGUUGUAAAUUAUGCAAAAAUGACAUGAAGUUAAAAGGUUCAUAUUGAGAGAGUAUAUUAAAACAUUUGUUGCGCAUUUUUUUGAGGUUUUUGUUUUAUUUUUGCACUAGCAAGAUAAUCUUUGCCUACUGAAGAUCUCUCUUUAAGCUGUGCCAUGUGAAGGGACAAUAUAGAGAUGUUGGAAAUCGUCUCGAUGCAGCUGAGUUUAUCAUGAGGAGUAUUUUUCUCCAUGGGCGAUUUAAGAUUUUGUAGAUUUCAGAGCACGCCUGCUUCUGAUCCUGACUGAGAUCAGCCCAGGCCGGAGAUAAUCUUAUUGACCAGAUUAGCAAAAAGAAAAUGAUCUACAAAGCUGGCCGGGGGGAUCAGAGCAAUCUGUUGUUUUCAUGCAAAAAAAAAAACCAGACUUCUCGUUUUUGUCUUUGCUGGCAAGAAUAACCAACAAUGGUCUUUUAAGGAGGUCUUAGUGGGAAGUGACAAGGAUGUGUCAUCUACAUAAUGACCUCUGGGAGAGUCGGUCAGUGAAAUGGGUCAGAAUAUGUGUUGUAGCAGACGUUUGUUAUGACACUGGUUAUGCAUUCAUGUGAUAUAACUGUGUCAGUAAUACAGUCGUAAAUAUUCAAAAGCCUCACUGAGCACGUUUUUUUUUUUGAACUGCGGAGCUAAAAACUACAGCUGUAAAAAAAAAAAAUCAGUCUUAUUGUUAUCAGGUUUUUAUCAUUUAAUACGAAAAGCUGCAAAAAGCCAUCAUAAGUAAAGAAAAAUCUUGCGGUUCUUCCAUGUGUUUUAUCCAUUUGAUGGAGGCUGAAGUAUAAUCCCUUUUCUUUUGAACCAUUUUGAUGCAGCCAGGUGACUCUUUGAUAAACUAUCAGCCAUCUUUAGAUUAUCUGAAGCUAUUUAGUGAUUAAAAAAAUCCUUUUCGAUUUAUGUUGGGUUCAGGAGGGACAUUUAGUUCUUACAUCACGAAAACCCGGCAGUUGAACAGGGGUGUGUAAACUUUUUAUAUCCACUGUGUGUUCUGUUGUGUUUUCUGUGUGAAAACAGAUAUCCUGAAAUGACGAUGCAGACAAUAACACCUACUUUCUCGUUGGUUCUUAUAGUCACUAUUGAAGAUGGAACAAUUCACUGAAAUUGUUAACAAAAGCCGAUAACAAAAUUAGUUGCAGAUGGGUUCAACUUCUAUUCAUGCUGUGUGAAGAUAUUGUCCUUGUUUCCCAGAGCUGAGCCAUUUUACAUCCUUAUUGACCAAACAGUGAUUGCUAACAGCUAACAACAGCUAAACAAACACAGCAGCAUGGCUUUGGCUGCUGUAACACCAUUAUGUCCUCAAAAAAUGGACUGCCUGUUAGAUUUUUUUAAGUGGACCUUGCUUGUCAUGGGAGUGUGUUUGUAAAACACAAGCGUAGUGAUGUUUAAUUUAAAGCUGCUGUAAGGAACUUUUGUUUAGUGUUGAUUUUGGCGCCCCCAGUGGACAAAGUGACACCUCUUAUGUCAUUUAAAAUGAGUGUUUUCAGACAAAAUCCUCACCUUGUUGUCCUCUGAUAGUAAAACGUAUCACCCACUGUGAGUAUUUGCCGAGGAAAUCAGCCAACUACCAACCACCUGGUCCGACUCCUUCCUCCUCACAGCAAAUUUACAAAAGAGUAAUUAUCAGUCUUCUUGUCGAUGGUCUCGUUUGCUGCUGAAGAUCAAAAGCCCCUCACAAGAAAAACCUUUACCCUGGCACUCUUCACAUCUCCUCUCCUUCUCAUCCCUUUUCUUCUUCCUCCUCCCCCAUCACAUGACAGUGGAGUGAAUGCUAACCAUGUUGCUAUAGUAACCAUGCCACACACUUAAACAAAACAGUCCACUCCUCAUUGAUUCUACUGGUGUUAAAAGCUAAAACAUAAUUAGGCUCGGACUGGAGUUUUUGACAUCACGUUUUGAGUUUAGAAUAGCGAUGUGAAAUUUAAACGUCGAUAUCCAUACAAAGCGGGAAGUGUUUGUGCAUUUUGUCACUGUAAUAGCCAAGUAAUCGCUUCGAUAAUUACACCCUGUCAAAAUAGUUGUCAGCUGCAGCUCUAGUCAGGCCCUUCCUCUAGUCGAUCGACCGCCUGACGCUGAUAUUUACAGCGAGCUUCUCAGCUAGAAAUCGGCGUUUUCUCUUUUUCUUCACGGUUAUAGUUGUCGCAUUUUCUUCAACUGAGCAACAGCUGCUCCAACUCAAAUGUCGGAGCAGCUUACUCCAGAUCAGGAGGGUGUCAGGAAGCUGAAUUGACUCUCCUUUCUGUCUCCUUUGGAAAUUAAUUUCCUCCACAUCUCAUAAUGCACAGAGUUACUGCAGUGGAGCAGAGUAAAACCUGUGCAGCUUUACUCUAAUCCUCCCGAUGCUUGCUCUCAUUAAUAUUCAUUCGUUCACCAUGGUAGCACAUGUUUGCCCACGACCUUUGUUUCUGGAAUUAAGAUUAACCAUGUUGGGCUCUUAAAUAGAUUUAGUUUUCCUGCACCUGGGUCAUAAUGUGAGGGUGUAUGUACGAACCUAGGAGAAUAUAAAAACAGAGCUUAUAUCUAUGAAGAGUUUAACACAGAGGGGAGUUUAUUCUAUUUAAUUGUGUAAAAGGUGUUUUUAAUAGAUGUAGGUAAGAAGUUGACCAGAUAAAGGAGAAAAGAAGGUAAGCAGAGAUAAGGUCAGGGAUGUGAAAUCCAUGUUUUUUAAUGAGUUGCUGUUUUUGUUCUUAUCUGAUCUGAACAGGCUUAUGGUCAGCUUUAGUUCUACCCGGGAUAUCACAGUAUUUAUUACUUUCUCUGCUUUCUUGCACUUCAUAAUAAUUGUUCAGAUCUCAGCUGGGUGGAUCCUGUAAUCUCCUGGAGUCUGUUUUCUUUCAAGAUACUUGAUGGGGUUUUGUGUUGCGCCUCCAAACCCCUCCCUGAGCAUGUUCUUCUUUAUCACCCAGGAUCUGCUCCUUGAAUACUAUCACUCAAACAGGCUGUUUGAGCACGGAGGUGCUGAUGCAUGCUUUUAUUUCUAGUCGUUUAGAUUACUGUAAUGCCCUGCUCUCUGGUCUUCCCAAAAAGACCACCCACAUGUUACAACUGCUACAAAAUUCUGCAGCACGUGUGCUGACGAGGACCAGAGGGCGGGAGCACAUUACACCGGUUUUAAAAUCCCUGCACUGGCUCCCCGUGUGUUUCAGGAUCGAUUUCAAGGUUCUUUUAGUAGUUUUUAAGUGUCUUAAUGGUCUUGGCCCAUCUUAUUUAUCUGAACUGCUUUUAUCUUAUCAACCCUCGCGUACCCUGAGGUCCUCUGGCGGCGGCCUUUUAGUUGUUCCUCAUACAAAAACCAAAACUCACGGAGAGGCUGCCUUCAGCCAUUAUGGCCCAAAGUUAUGGAACAGCCUGCCAGAGAACAUCAGGACCGCAGAGACUGUUGAUGUUUUUAAAAGGAGGCUCAAGACCCACCUUUUUAGUUUGGCUUUUAGCUGAUUUAACUGUUUUAGUUUAUUUUAUCCUUUACUUUUAUCACAUUUUUAUGUCACUUAGAUAUUCUAACAUUAUUCUAAUUUGGUUUUAGUUUAUUUUAUCCUUUACUUUUAUCACAUUUUUACGUCAUUUAGAUAUUUUAAUAUUAUUUUAAUUCCUUCUAUGCCCUAGUCUUUUUAGCUCCAGAGUUUCCUCGUGGGGGCCCUCCACACUGGGAGGUAUGUCUGGUCCGCCCCCGGGGGGCACGGUCCUUGGGAUCGUCCAGGCCCAGACGGUUAGGGGGCUCUGCACUAUGUGCAGGGUGCACCCGGGCUGUCUGGGUCGGGGGGUCUCGGGGGCGGUGCUCCCUGUGGGGGUGGGCUGUGGCUCCUCUCGGUGUGGACGGCUCCCAUAGGUGGUCUUUCCUUACCAGAAUCAUCAGUGCCUUGCCAUGUUUUUACUGACAGUUACUGUGUGGGUGUGUGGAUACGUGUGUGCGUGUAUGUGUGUGUGGGGUGGGCUGCUGUGCAUGCCUGUAUAUGCUGCUGUGGGUGGGAAGGGACGGGUUUUAUGCCUAUUUAAGUGCCCUAUAUUUACUGUUGUUUGUUUUGUUUUUUCUUUUUUUUAACGUUGUUUGUUUUUACCUCUUUGUAAAGCACUUUGUGUUGCAGCUUAAAAGCAUGAAAGGUGCUAUAUAAAUAAAGUUUGAUUGAUUGAUUGAUUGAUUCACUUUGGUGCCUCUGGAUGAUUGCUUUCUGCGUUCCUGCCGAGAUAUCCACCUCUGUGUUGUGCUUCCUUGUUGCAGAUAGAGUGUACAUGUUUUUCUCUUUUUUUUAGGGUCAGAGGUCAUCGUUGGAGUAAACAAGUACCGUCUGGAAAAGGAGGAGACGGUGGAGGUUUUGGCCAUUGAUAACACCAUCGUACGUGAGAAACAGAUUGAUAAACUGAAAAAGGUGAGUUUGGCUUUGAGAAUUGACUUUGGUCGCUUUCACACCAGAGCUGUUUGGUCCACUUUAAACGGACCAGAGAUAGUCCGUUUCCUUUGGGCAGGUGUAAAAGCUCAUCCGAACUCUGGUGCGGACCAAACAAGCGAACUCUGGUCAGCCUGAAAACGUGGGUCUCGGUUCGCUUGCAAGUGAACCCUGUUCGUAUGCAGGGUGAAAGCUCACCGGACCAAACACAGGACCAAAUGUGCGUAAUGACGCUAUACCUAGUGUAUACCUAGUGCAUCUUAGGUAGAGGAAGCACGGCAUACCUUGUUGCUAUGGCGACAAGUGACCGCUGACAUUAGCAGUUGCUAGCUAGCUUAGCUCAGUUGUCAGAACAACAAUAACCCAUAGAUUCACAAUUUGGCAUAUUUAAACAAAAUCAAAUCACAACUACCAACAGUCACAGUCCUUAAACUCUGAGCUCAUAUGUUGUCACAUGUUAGAUCGUCAAAGUUAGAAAAAUAACAGGAUCAAUCCCUGACGAGCUACGAUAGCAUUAUAGGAACAGUUGCGUUCAAUAACAAUGUAGCAUUCCAUGAAAUAAUGUGACGAAGCACGAUACAAGACGGCUAGUCCACCCCUGUUUGUAAUCCGUGAGGUUACAUACCCCUCCUACUUUGUCCAAUCGACGAGCGCCCCUUUUAACCACGUGAUGCUGCUCGGAAAGUUCGGUGCGCUUUAGAAAUCACAGUGUGAAAGCAGAACCGAAACAAGUGAUAAAUGCAACAAUGUUGUGACUUUCAGCUCCACAGUCGAACCAAGUCCGCUUGGUCAGGUGUGAAAGCGACCUUAGUUGUCCAUGGUUUGUAAAAGAUAACACUUGAGUUUUUCCACCUCUAUCUUCCCACUUGAAGGCACUUUAAACAUUUACAUGGAUUGUGUGCUGGAUUAUUAACGCAACCAAAACAUAUCGAACAUUAAGGCCAUUUAGUGUAGUCAUAGUGUGCAAAAAUCUCAAGAUGUAUGCUAGUUUAUUAUCAAAUUUGAAAUAAUAUGUAAGAGGGUUAUCACAACAAAACAGUCUUUUUAGUAUUUUUGCACAUAUGCUUGGGUGUUAGCCCAUCGCAGACCAGUUUUAUGUGUGAAAACAUGCAGUCUGACGGACCCUUUAAAAACCGGCUCUCUGCUGCUUCAUGGGUCGUCUCAUAUUGAACCAUUUUUACAGCUCAAACCAAUUAAGCCAGAGCAUGAAACCCUGCUUCUCACGUAAUUUUUCAACUAUUUCAUGGCCCCACUUGCUGACUCCCAGCUUUCUAUAAUAUAGCUGGAAGUGAAUCUAGUUUAUUAAAAACCAAUUUAGUCAUAAAAACGACAGGAGGCCUGGAUUUGCUAAAGAGUGUGGCUGCCUUUGAUUCACGAGUUGUUACCAUGGUUACUUUUAAACCUAGUUAGAGAUGCAGUUAUGAAUAGUUUCACUCUCGUUCUUGUGUGAUCACUUUUGGGUUCAUAAAAUGAGAAAACAAAAAGAAAGAGAUGGACUUUAUCUUUUCCUUUUUAGUUUCCUUUUUGCUGAAAUGAAAAAACAAAAGGCUACAAACAACAAAUAUAUCCAUAAAGAGGACUUAGUGGUAUAAAACAAUAUGAUUCAGUCACCUUCUGGUGGUUUCCAAAUAGCUGUUAAAAGGGAUUUAUCCACAGAACUGGUUUGGCCAUGAAGGCACAUCACACAUGCUCACCUAUCUAACAUCCUGAAUGUAAACUGACAGGAGCAGCUACCUGUACCUGUGGUCAGCUGCAGGUUCUGUUCGAAGGUCAGACAUCUUUGAAAUGUCAUCACUCUCUGAGAUUAGCUGUCAGAGCAGUUUGAGGAAGAAAGAAUAAAAAAACACAACAAAGCUCGGUUCUGGGGGUGCAUGUUUGAAGGUUGUAGAACUCAAUUGACAAGCUGUCACCAUGCCUGUCACAUGGAGGAGAACCAAAGAAGAUGAGAAGAUAUUGCUUAGAAUAAAAAUCUGUGCGCUGAAAAUUCAAUAACUUUCCAUUCCCACUUAAAAUAGAUUUUUUUUUUCUAGUGAUUUGUGCAUUUGAUGGCAGUUUUGAACUUCUUCUCUGGUAACUGCAUAUCGCAGCAGCAACUUUAAAGCUGUUGAACUUUCACUUGCUUGUUUACUCAAAUAUUGAACCCUUUACCUCAUCAAACAAUGGUUUUCAUACUCCAAUAAUCACUUUAUUUAUGAAUUAAUUAAUUUAGUUACCAUUAAAGUGGCAAGACUUUGAAAAAAAUGUUUUUCACUCAUGUCAUCGUUGACUAAAAAUGGCGUUUUUUUGUCAAUAGGACCUUAAAAAAAGGGGCAUAACUCGUGUGAGUUUAGGACUAUGACAUAAAGGGUUGCAGAGUCAGCAUUUCCUAUUAUUUGAUUAGAGAAUGAGCUUGUUGAAAUCCACGUUUAUUCUGUUUUACACAGUGUUAUAGGUACCUGAAUGGGCAGUGCAGUCAGUAUUGAUUUUUUUCCAACGCUGAACCUUUCCACAAACAAACCUUGACAUCUCAACUAUGCGCCGUAAUAAUGCAGGAGGAGACGUCAGCUAAGGUCUCAAAGACUUACUGCUCGGGGCAAAUGAGGGGAUGGGAUUUGUGAAGUUUGACGGAAAUGAGUCAUAGCAGCAUAGGCCAUUAUCGUGCAGGUUGACGUCUUUCAGCUCUUAAAUUCAAGGUUUUUCUCAAUAUGUUCCUAUCAUUAAUAUUCAUGAUGGGAUUUUUCUCUUAUUAGGUCUUACUCAGAAUAUAAUUAUUGCAUUGUGACCUUUAAACCUAAUAGGAAUAAUCAGAAUCCACAGAGAAAUUCCUAUUAUGGCAGCACAAUAUGAAAUAAAUUUGUAUAACUUGAAUUAAUGAUGGCUUCAUUCUAGUCAGGGGUGUCAGCUCCAGGUUGUCUCACUGCAGAGCUCAUUAGCACAUUCAAAGGAACAGAUGUAUCAUUGUUGUCGUCAGUGACAGGAGCACUUGUGUGCUUUUUCCUGCUCUGACAGGUCAAAAACGUGUUUCCUACUAAAUGACAGUAUCACUACGGCUGUUGAGAUUCUAUCUUUCGGAUUUUUUACCGUUUACCAUUUACUUUUAAUUUGUUUUAGAAGGAUAGAAGUGGAGGGAAAUGUACAUGAGAUAGAUUUCUAGGCAGGCUCAAAAGAGAGGUGGAUCACUAACUUAAAACCAUGCGCAGUGUUAUAGCGUGUAUUACUUAACGUGCACUACAAAGACUCAGGAGCAGUGCCAUAUAAAAGGGGGGGGGGGGGGGAGCUUGGAUAUGCAAAGUGGGUUGAAAAUAAAAGGUUUGCUCAGUGCAAAUAAAAAUAAAUAAUAAAAUAAAAUUUAAAAAAUAAAAUAAAAAAAUAAAUAAAACAAGUGAGACGAAGAGGGUUCAUAGGAGAAAUGCCCAAAGCAAAAUUAGUUUGUCGAAAUCCCCUCCCCCUGAUAUUAUUACAAAUACCUCAGGAUGUAUCCUAGCAACAGCAUCAUGAAGAACAUCACACGGAACUUCAGCUGUUGCCUUGACAGGGCUGUAUAAAAAAUAUAGUUGUGAAAUUACUGAACUCCUUUGUAACAUAAUAUGGCCAAAGGGUAACUGCCAACAGUUCAACAUCUAGACAGCUCAACUUCUCCUUGACUGUUGCGUGUGAAGAGCCGCACCAUCUCUGAUCAACAAAGACGGUAAAGGAGAUGUCAGACAAAGCGGUAAAACGUAUUUCCAGUUGAAGGCCAAAACAAGAAUAAAGAAGAACUUUUCAUCUUUUUUUCUUUUGCUCUCUUUCUUCCUCUCGUUCAUCAUGUAUGUAUGUAUGAAGUGGAGCGUAUAGCCUGAUCAGGUUGGCUUUCCUAAUGAUGGAAUAUGCGACCUCUACCCCUAUAUCACACUUACCUGCUUCCCACACAUCAUCUGUGUUGUUUUGUUGGCUUUCAAUCCCAGAACUGUUUGAUACAGCCUCAGUUUGACCGUUUCCUUCUCUACAUAACUAGCUGUUAUAUUAUUAACAGCAUACUCCAUCAUGAUUAUGAACACCAGUAUAAUAAGAUUGCCACUUAUCACCAGAAAUAACCAGAAACAAAGCUUCUACUAACGUUGCAUAAAGGCCAAGAGAUGUCACAUUAGAAGAUAACCAUCAAAUGUACAUAAAGCGUGAAACUCCUGACAUAUGUGGUUUUGUAGGUAAGGGCGAGUCGUGAUGCAGAGGCAGCGCAGAAGUGCCUGGCAGCCAUCGAGGAGUGUUCCCGGACCAGAGAGGGCAACCUUUUAGCUCUGGCUGUGGAGGCAGCCCGGGCCAGGUGAAAACUAAAACCUCGAAAGCUGAGAGAAGAUGUUUUCUUGAGCCUCAAAGAGAAGAAGAUAGAUGUGGUUUGCUUUUCCUCCCAGGUGUUCUGUCGGUGAAAUCACCGAUGCCAUGAAGAAAGUGUUUGGUGAACACAAAGCCAGCACCAGGAUGGUCAGUGGGGCUUAUCGCAGCGAGUUUGGGGAGCAGGACGAGAUCACUUUGGCCCACAACAGGUAGAGCAUAAACCUAGAAGAAGGAGCAUCUUAAUUUAGCUCUUUUUCACAGAUUGUUUAAGUGACAUAAAGAUUUCCUCACUGUUAUUUUUCCAACUAAAGAGUGACAGAUUUUAAGAGCCAUGAGGGCAGGAACCCCCGUCUGCUGGUGGCAAAGAUGGGACAAGACGGUCAUGACAGGGGAGCCAAAGUUAUCGCCACGGGGUUCGCUGACCUGGGCUUCGAUGUGGAUAUCGGACCACUGUUUCAGGUCUGUGUUUUAGAGUAGAGAAGGAGCACAAUGUCAGAAGAGUUAUUGUACUGAGGCAAGUGUGUAUUGAAUUAUUGAAUGUCCUCAAGGCCUAAGGAAAAACAGCGAGACAUUUUGAUCAUUUUCUGAAGAAACAACUUCUUUUGCAUGUUUUUGAAUCCUAUUUCUCCCACCUCAUUAGCUUUUUUGUUCUUGUUUCUCUGUGUUGGUCUCCCCCUGCAUAAACAGACUCCACUCGAGGUUGCCCAGCAGGCGGUCGAUGCGGAUGUCCACUGCGUUGGGGUCAGCACACUUGCUGCGGGGCACAAGACCCUGGUCCCAGAGCUCAUCAAAGAGCUACGGAAACUCAACCGGCCAGACAUCCUGGUGAUCUGUGGAGGCGUCAUCCCACCACAGGUGAGCUUCAAGACUCGAGGGUUACCUGCUCAUACCUCAGAAAUACCAAAGGAUAGAAUUUCUGGCCAGACAAUUUAUUUUGUAUUUUUUGCACAAAUAUCAACCCUGAGUUUAUUUGUGCUACUUUAAAACUGAAAGUCCUUGCCUGGCUGACUGCAGACUCUACGCAGUGCUACAGAUUUCUCCCCCUUCUCCCUAAACUGCAGGAGCAGACAGAGCUCAGCAUUUUUUUAAUCUGCAAUGACAAAGAUACCGUUAAAUCCAGGCUUAGUAUUUCUAAGAUCAAUGAUAGCAGCAGCUUCCCUGCAGGUGUGAGUUAUUUUCUCUCACUUAGCGACGCACAAGAGGAAGGAUUUAAGCUUCUCAUGAGCGUCUCUAACAAUGCUGCGCACCUCUCGCCGCACCUGAGUCUAUGGCAGCGAUACUUUUGUAGUUAGAAAUCAAAGUAAUAACAGCUCACAUGCUACUGCGCUCCAGACCAAAGAGUGUGUGACUGAGGUUUACAGUCUGUUGUCCCAUGCCUUGAGUUACUGUCCCAAGGGCCAGAGGAUGAUAAAUAGCUGAGUGUUUGUUUUUCUAUGGGUCUAUAGUGACAGAAAUAAACUCCCUCACAGCUCUAUCAGACCGCUGGAGCCCACAUGUUGCUUAACAUGAGAAGAACGCGUACAAGUGCAGAAAUUGUAAUCCUGUUGUCAUGUGGAGAGUUAAACAAUCUCAUGAUAGGGAUUUUUCUGCUCAUUACACCGUUGGAUUUUCUUGACAGCAAUCCGGUUUCUCUUUUUUUUUAACCCCUCUCGUUCGUGUCUUCAAAACACUUCAACCCCGUCCUAUAAGGAAUCCCUCUACCUCAAUCCGCGCCAGCUUCUGCAUAAUUAAUAGAAAGAUCACACAGGAACUGCACAAGUCUGUGUUUUAUUGUAGUGGAAGCUGAAUUUCUCAUAAUACCCUUCCAUAUUAACUGGGUCUCAUUACUUUGUGCGUGCAGGAUUAUGAGUUCUUGUACCAGAGCGGUGUGUGCGCCAUCUUUGGCCCGGGGACCAGGAUCCCACAAGCUGCAGUGGAGGUUAUUGACAAUAUCGAGAAGAGCCUGGAAAAAAUCCGACAAGCCAUGUAAAGAUACCUGCUGUUUCUACCAAACCAUGAGUGGGAGUUCACAUCUCUGUUCGGAAAAUGUUUGACAUGGUUAAGGUUGUAAAAAUUAUUAAACGUUGUUCCCCCCUCUGUGAGAACUGAGCAUGUACAGCAGUCGUUAAAUUUCAUUGUGUUCACACUACAUACACAAAAAGCAUCUUCACAGUUUGACAUUUGCAGAUUAUUUUAUUUAUAAUGUCACUAAAUAAAGAGAAACCCCACCACUUUUCAUUGAUGAUGCACUUACCAAGAGCUUAUUGAUUUAUACUCAAGGGAGAGAUGCAGAUGCUGUGGGGUGUCAGAAAUAUUCUUUAUAUAGUUUUGGAAUACCAGUGAGAACCUGUUCCUCGUUAGUGCAGUUAAUUAUAGUAGGAUACAUUAUAAAAAAAAACAUCUUGUGCGAAAUAGCACAGCGUGAUAACUCUGCUUGGAAGCUAACACAUCAGAGUUGUUUGUGUGCAAUUUCAAUUAUAGAGCAGGGUGUGAACAGCGACGAUAAUUCUGUGACUUAAUUGCAGCUAUUUUCAUUAAAGCAAAAUAACUCUUCGUGAUGAUUGAUUCAGUAAUCUCCAAAGUGGCCUUGUCUUGCUGUGAACUCUUCAUCACGCUUCAUUUACAGCACCAACAGUGAUCAACGUACGUGAAAUGGCACGAAAUGAUAUUUUUGUACCUGUGAAUCUCAUCAGAUUUAUCUAUGUCUGAUUUAAAUAAAAGUGCUUUGGAAAUGUGGCAG